AUGUUGAUGGAUGUAAUGGAGGAACUCCCAAAUCCAAAUGCCAAGGGGUUCUAUGAUAUGUUGGAAGAUGCUGAUGAACCUUUGUGGGAUGGAUGUGAAAAUUAUUCAAAAUUACAAGCUGCAACAGAGUUGUUGCAUUGGAAGUCAGAAUACAAUAUAUCUGAGGCUGCUUAUGAUCACAUACUUCCUAUAAUUAAGCGGAUGCUACCCAAAGGUGAGAAACUAGUUGAGAACUUCUAUGAGACGAAGAAGCUUUUGAAAAUAAUUAGACUCCCAGAAAAAAAGAUCCAUGGUUGCAAAAACCAUUGCAUGAUAUCCUAUGGGGCAGAUUCUGAUUUGACUAAGUGUCGAGUGUGUGAUCAUGAUCGGUACAAGAGUGGCAAACUGCCUUAUUUAGUUAUGAGGUACUUGCCGAUUGCUCCUAGACUCCAAAGGUUGUAUUUGACAAAAAAGACGGCAAAGCAAAUGACAUGGCACUAUGAACAUCAAACGGAACCGGUUUUGAUGGUCCAUCCAAGUGAUGGUGAGGCUUGGAAGCAUUUCGACUCAAUGCAUCAAGAAUUUUCAAGUGAACCACGGAAUGUUCCCCUUAGGCUAUGCACCGAUGGGUUCAGUCCAAAUAACUCAAAUACAACCCCGUAUUCAUGUUGGCCUGUUUUCCUUUCAAUUUAUAACUUGCCUCCUUGGGUGUGCUUAAAAGAACCAUAUGUUCAAUUAAGCAUAGUUAUUCCUGGAAAAAAGAGCCCAGGUCAAAAUAUAGAUGUGUUUCUCAGGCCGCUAAUUGACGAGUUAAAGAUGCUAUAUACAAACGGUGUUGUCACUUAUGAUGCUUCGACUAAAUGCAAUUUCACAAUGAAAGCUAUACUUCUUUGGACAGUUAGUGACUUUCCUGCUUAUGCAAUGUUAUCGGGAUGGAGCACACAUGGCAAGUUAGCAUGUCCGUAUUGUAUGGGAUUUCUGGCUAAUAAGGUUGAGCGAUCUAGCCCCCCACCAAUAUUAACCGGUGAUCAGAUUUGGGAGCAAGUUAAGAGGAGCAUCUUUUGGGAGCUACCAUAUUGGCGGAAGUUGUUAAUACGACACACCCUUGAUCCCAUGCACAUUGAGACAAAUGUGUUUGAAAAUCUUUUCAACACCAUGAUGGACACUCCGAAAAGCAAAGACAACAUGAAUGCAAGAAAAGAUAUAGAAAUGUAUUGCAAUCGAGUGCAAUGGCAUACAUGGAAGAAGGGAAAUAAGGAUAUGAAAAAUAGAGCAUCGUUUGCUUUGAGCAAAGAACAAGCAGCUAAAAUAUGGAAAUGGUUGAUUAAACUGAAAUUCCCGGACGGAUAUGCCUCAAACUUGGGGGGGGGGGGUGUGUUAAUGUAG